GCAGCCAUGGCGGUUGACUUUGGGGACCACGCCAGCGGGUUCCGCCAUACCGAGGUGAUCAGGUUCAUCAACAAUGAAGUCCUCCUGGACGGCGGCGGCCCAGAUUUCUACGUGGCCUUCCGCUCACGGCCCUGGAAUGAAGUAGAGGACCGGCUUCUGGCCGUGGUGGCGGACCCUCAGGUGCCGCACGCCAUCAAAAGGGCCUGCGCCUGGAGCGCGCUGGCCUUGAGCGUGCGUGUGGGCGCAAGGCAGGGGGAGCAGCAGGCGCGCCGGGUCCGGAGGCUGCAGGAACAGGUAGAGGAGCGAGAGACCGCUGCCUGGGCCCUGGCCUCCGAGCUGCAGCGGCUAUGCAGGGAGCGCAAGGAGGUGGCUGUACAGCUUCGAUGUGCGCAGGCUGCUUUGCAGCAUGUGUUGGAUGAGAGAAAUGUGUUGCGUGGGCGACUGCUCCGGGCAGAGAAGUCGGGCCGGGUUGACCAACCUCCUCAGGAGGUCACCUCUGAGUCAGGAGCAGAACAGCGUGGGGCCUCUGCCUGGCCAGAGGAUAUGGAUGAGAAGGGCAAGAUGAUGGCCACAGAGGCACAGGCCAUGCACCGUUUGGACGCCCGGAUGGCAGCUCCGGCAGCCGCAGCAGCAGCUCCUGCAGCCAUGCUUUAUGUGCAGGCACUUCCAAGCUCCUGGGCCCAGGCUUUGCAAACCUCUCUGCCAGUGCAGGUGCCACAUCCAUUCCCAUUCUCUGCAUCAUUCCCAAUGGGAUUCCCAUACUGGGCACAUCUACCACACUCAGUAGUUGUGGAAGCAGACACAGCAGCGGCAGCAACAACCGCAACAGCAGUCCCACUCCAGAUGCCCCUGAAGCCACCUCUGGGGGUAUACCCACCUGGCCAAUGGGCUGCAGUGGGGGUCCAGGAGCAGAUGGCACCACUGUGUGAACAGAGGUGCUGUGACCAGGAGGAAUAUUCUGAGACCGUCCAGGGAGGAUGUCCCCUAGGGGACAGCAGAAGCCACAGCCAAGAUGAAGGUCCUGUGUGUCCCCAGGGAAAGACUUCGCUGGAGGACAGUGGGAGCCACAGCCAGAAAGAUCUGGAGAGACCUCAGAGGACAACACCCCUGGAAGACAGAAGCUCCAGUCAGAAGGAAUGUCCAUUGAUGCCCCAGGAGAAGUACCCCCUGGAGAACAGCAAGAGCCACAGGCAAGAAGAUCAAGAGAGGCCCCAGGGGACAUCCCCACUGGGAAGCAGCAGGAGCAGUGGUGUGAGAAAAAGCCCCAAGAAACAGCAGCCUCCAGGGCAGAAAGCCAAGCCACUAAAAGGGAAAAAAGUCUCAGAUUCCCAACUCCAGGGGAAGCCUGCCUCAGGAGGCAGUCCAAAGAAUUGGGACUGCCCAUGGUGUAAAGCUCUGAAUUUUUCAUGGUGCACGCCCUGCUAUCAAUGCAAGAAAGUCUGUGUGGCAGUUGAGAGUGGAGGCCUGGACACAGGAGAACGUCACUAAUUUUAGGAAGUUUUAUAGGUGAGGGCCUGUUUUUGUGUCUCUGAGCCUGCAGAAAUUGUUUAUUGUUGAAGAAGCUGAACCCAUCCCAUUAGAAGAUCUCCCAAGAGUCUAAAGAAAUCACACCUUGAUUCCAGCUGACCCACACCUCACUGAGACCCCCAUUGACUGGA